AUGGAUGAGCUCACAUUUGCCACCGCCCGGCCAUACGCCUUCUCUUUCGUACGUGCUCACACUGCCCUCGUCCUCAUCGACCUCCAACGCGACUUUGUCGAUCCAGGCGGCUUCGGCGCCAUCCAGUGCGGCUCUUCGGAAAUCUUUGCGGGCGUCCGUAAGGUCGUCCCCGCCACCUUGCCCGUACUCGCUGCUGCGCGAAAACUGGGCCUGCACAUUGUCCACACCCGCGAGGGUCACCGCCCAGACCUGGCUGACCUGAGCGCCGCCAAGCGCAACCGCCAGCUUGAUGCACCUGGCACACAACACACGGCGGGCAUCGGUGACAAGGGUCCCAUGGGCCGUCUGCUGGUACGCGGCGAGCACGGCCACGACUUUGUGGACGAGCUGCGGCCGCGGCCUGACGAGAUUGUAGUGGACAAACCGGGCAAAGGCGCCUUUUGGGCAACGAGCAUGCACCGACAGCUGAUGGCGCGUGGUGUGACGCAUUUGCUGUUUUGUGGAGUGACGACCGAAUGCUGCGUGGCGUCGACAGCGCGUGAGGCUAGCGACCGCGGGUUCCAGUGCUGUAUCCUGGAGGAUUGCACAGGCGGGUUUGAGGCGUCCUUUGCGACAGCGUCGGUGGACAUGUACGUGUCGUUUGGGGGCCUGUUUGGGUUUGCCGCGCCCAGUACGGAGCUGGUGGUAUAUGCCAAGGCAGAAACAGGCAAAACCGAGUCGCUAUCUACGCCGCAGGUGCCGUGGGACGGCAAGUCCCUCGACCUGACGACGUUGCAGGCGUACUACAAGCGGAGCGCACUGUCGCCGAUUGAAAUAGUCAAUGCUGUGUACGACCACAUCGAAGCUUACGAGAAGGAAAACCCGCACGUCUGGAUCUUGCUGCGGCCGCGGGGGGACGUUAUUGAAGAUGCUCAGGCCCUGCAAGACAAGUACGCCGCGAUCGGCCGUGACAGCCUGCCACCACUCUACGGCGUGCCGUUUGCCGUCAAGGAUAGUUUCGACAUCAAAGGAAUGAACACCACGGCCGCUUGCCCCGACUUUGCUUAUCUGGCGACGGAAACUGCGCCCACUGUCACGUCUAUCCUCGAUGCCGGCGCUCUGCUCAUCGGGAAGACCAAUAUGGACCAGCUAGCGACAGGAUUGAGCGGGUGCCGGUCGCCGUACGGCGUGUCAUCGAGUGUCUUUAGUCCAGCAGAUAUGAAGUACUGUUCAGGCGGUUCUUCGUCCGGGUCGGCCGUGGCCGUCGGUGCACACCUCGUCACAUUCUCGCUGGCCACUGACACUGCGGGUAGUGGUCGCGUACCCGCGAGCUUCAACGGUAUUGUCGGCUACAAGCCUACGAAAGGCACACUGUCGUACCGCGGCAUCGUGCCCUGCUGCCGCAGCAUUGACACGGCGACCAUCUUGGCGCAGUCCGUCGCGGACGCCCGCCGCAUCUGGCACAUCGUCGACCAAUACGACGAUCAGGACAUCUUUGCCAAGGACCCACAAUCGCUGCCGCUGACUCUGGCCGACUACCGCGGUAUACAGAAGGCUGGGUUCACGUGUGCUGUGCCACCCAACUCCGCACUGGCGGUCGCAUCGUGCUCACCAGCGUACCAGGCGGCCUUUACGGCAGCGCUGCAGGUCGUCAGGCGCAUCGGCGGCAGACUGCGCACGCUGAGUGACACCGCGUACCAGCCAUUUAUGACCGCCACGGACCUGCUGUACAACGGCACGCUGGUCAACGAGCGCAUCGCCUGCAUGGGCGUCGAUUUUGUGCGCGAUCACAUUACGAAUUUUCAUCCGACGACCAAGACGCUCUUUGAGCAGGUACUCGAGCGCGACUCGAAACCCUGGGAUGUCUACGGGGACCAACUGGUGCAAGCCACGGCGACACAACAAGCGGGGCGGCUUCUGUCAGGCGGCCAGGGUAGCCUGGGUGGUGUGGGUGCGGGCAGCGGCGGUGAGAGCAGUGUGGUGGACGUCCUCGUCGUGCCUACGGCACCCUUCCACCCGACUAUUGCCGAGAUGCAGGCAGACCCGAUCGCGCUCAACGCCAAGCUGGGCGUGUUUACGCACUUUGGCAAUGUGCUUGACCUGUGUGCCAUGAGCGUUAACGCAGGCUUUGUCGAGGACGGGAUGCCGUUCGGUGUGUGCUUUGUGUGUGCCAGGGGUAUGGAUGGACGGUUGUUUGACAUUGCCUCCGAGUUUGAGCGGGCCGUGGCCGCCACAAAGUAA